UGAGUGUUAACGUAUUAAUAUUUCAAAAAAUAUUUAAUUGAGGUGACUGAUUGAACAUUUACAAUCCGAAGGAAAAUCCAAAACUAUCUGAAAGAUUUUUUUUCUUCUUCUUUUGCUUCUGAAUUUUAGAUGGUGAAGCAGAUCUAAGGGAAUUGGGUGGUUUGAGAGAAAGAAAGAAAGAAAAAAAGAUGUUGACCAAGUUUGAGACGAAGAGUAAUAGAGUGAAGGGACUGAGUUUCCAUACUAAGAGGCCUUGGAUCUUAGCCAGUCUCCAUAGUGGUGUUAUCCAAUUAUGGGACUAUCGAAUGGGGACUCUGAUUGAUCGAUUCGAGGAACACGAUGGCCCUGUUCGUGGCGUCCAUUUCCACAUGUCCCAGCCUUUGUUUGUCUCUGGAGGGGAUGACUACAAGAUAAAGGUCUGGAAUUACAAGUUACAUAGAUGUCUCUUCACCCUUCUUGGACAUCUGGAUUACAUUCGUACUGUGCAAUUUCAUCAUGAGCAUCCAUGGAUUGUGAGUGCUAGUGAUGAUCAGACUAUUCGCAUAUGGAACUGGCAGUCACGAACUUGUAUCUCUGUGUUGACUGGUCAUAAUCAUUAUGUUAUGUGUGCCUCAUUCCAUCCUAAAGAAGACCUGGUUGUGUCAGCCUCCCUUGAUCAGACUGUUCGAGUUUGGGAUAUUGGUUCCUUGAAAAAGAAGACGGCUUCUCCAGCAGAUGAUAUCUUAAGGUUGAGUCAUAUGAACACAGAUCUUUUUGGUGGUGUUGAUGCAGUUGUUAAGUAUGUGUUGGAAGGUCAUGACCGAGGUGUGAAUUGGGCUGCAUUUCAUCCCACCUUACCUUUAAUAGUCUCUGGAGCAGAUGAUCGCCAAGUUAAGUUGUGGCGUAUGAAUGAUACAAAGGCUUGGGAGGUGGAUACCUUGAGAGGGCACGUGAAUAACGUGUCAUGUGUUAUGUUCCAUGCCAAACAAGACAUCAUUGUAUCUAACUCUGAGGAUAAAAGCAUUCGUGUAUGGGAUGUAACAAAGCGAACUGGACUUCAAACUUUCCGUCGAGAACAUGACAGAUUCUGGAUUCUUGCUGUUCAUCCUGAGAUGAAUAUUUUGGCAGCUGGACAUGACAGUGGCAUGAUUGUAUUUAAGCUAGAGAGAGAGCGUCCUGCGUUUGCAGUGAGUGGGGAUUCUCUGUUUUAUGCCAAGGAUAGGUUUUUAAGGAAUUUUGACUUUCCAACUCAAAGAGAGGCACAGGUAAUUCCAAUUCGACGUCCUGGUUCCACAAGUCUGAAUCAAAGUCCAAGAACUCUGUCUUAUAGUCCUACAGAAAAUGCUGUCCUUAUCUGCUCAGAUGUGGAUGGAGGAUUGUAUGAGUUGUAUGUGAUACCAAAAGACAGCUUUGGUAGGGGUGACGGUUCGCUGGAGGCAAGGAAAGGUGUUGGUAGUUCUGCUAUAUUUGUGGCACGGAACCGGUUUGCUGUGCUUGACAAAGGCAACAACCAAGUUCUAGUCAAGAAUCUUAAAAAUGAAGUGGUGAAAAAGAGUGGCCUCCCGGUACCUACGGAUGCAAUUUUUUAUGCUGGAACAGGUAGCUUGUUGUGUAGGUCAGAGGAUAGAGUUGUCAUAUUUGAUCUCCAGCAAAGGCUUGUCCUUGGUGACCUUCAAACCCCUUUUGUGAAAUAUGUUGUUUGGUCUAAUGACAUGGAAAGUGUUGCUUUGCUCAGCAAGCAUUCCAUUAUCAUUACUAACAAGAAGCUUGUGCAUAAGUGCACUCUUCAUGAGACAAUACGUGUUAAAAGUGGAGCCUGGGAUGAGAAUGGUGUUUUUAUUUACACCACCUUAAACCAUAUAAAAUAUUGCCUUCCCAAUGGAGAUAGUGGAAUAAUCCGUACGCUUGAGGUUCCUAUAUACAUAACUAAGGUUUCAGGCAAUACUAUAUUUUGCCUGGAUCGUGAUGGGAAGAAUAAGAGUGUCGUUAUUGAUGCUACAGAAUACAUUUUCAAGCUCUCUCUGCUUCGGAAGCGAUAUGAUCAUGUUAUGAAUAUGAUAAGAAACUCCCAGCUCUGUGGUGAGGCCAUGAUUGCUUAUCUGCAACAGAAGGGGUUCCCUGAAGUGGCACUCCAUUUUGUCAAAGAUGAGAAAACACGCUUUAAUUUGGCUUUAGAGAGUGGGAACAUUCAAAUUGCUGUCGCAUCAGCUAAGGAGAUUGAUGACAAAGAUCAUUGGUAUAGGUUGGGUGUGGAGGCCCUUCGCCAAGGCAAUGCUGCUAUUGUGGAAUAUGCCUACCAGAGGACUAAGAACUUUGAGAGAUUGUCUUUUCUUUAUCUCGUAAAUGGUAACCUGGAAAAGUUAUCCAAGAUGCUGAAAAUUGCAGAAGUUAAGAAUGAUGUUAUGGGUCAGUUUCACAAUGCUUUGUACCUUGGUGAUAUACAGGAACGAGUUAAGAUCUUGGAGAAUGCUGGUCACUUACCUCUUGCUUAUAUUACAGCAUCUGUCCAUGGUCUACAGGAUGUUGCUGAAAGGUUAGCAGCUGAGUUGGGAGAUGAUGUCCCUCCUUUGCCAGAGGGUAAAGAACCUUCGUUAUUGAUUCCUCCAACCCCUGUUAUGUGUGGUGGUGAUUGGCCCCUUCUGAGAGUCAUGAAAGGCAUAUUUGAUGGUGGAUUUGAUGGUGGCAGGGGUGCUGUGGAUGAAGAGGAGGAGGGUGCAGAAGGUGACUGGGGUGAAGAUCUUGAUGUGGUUGAUGGCUUGCGGAUUGGGGACGUUAGUGCCAUUUUGGAGGAUGGGGAAGUGGCCGAAGAAAAUGAAGAGGGUGGAUGGGACCUUGAAGAUUUAGAACUCCCCGCUGAGGUAGAAACCCCUAAGGUUUCCGGCAAUGCUCGUUCUUCUAUUUUUGUGGCACCAACUCCUGGUAUGCCUGUAAGUCAGAUUUGGAUUCAGAGGUCAUCUCUUGCUGCUGAACAUGUAGCAGCUGGCAAUUUUGACGCAGCAAUGCGUUUGCUGAGCAGGCAACUCGGCAUAAGGAACUUUGCUCCUUUGAAAUCCAUGUUUCUUGAUCUUUACACUGGCAGUCAUAGCUAUCUUCAUGCAUUAACAUCUGCUCCAGUGGUGCCCCUGGCAGUUGAGAGGGGAUGGAGUGAGUCUGCUGCUCCUAAUGUUAGGUGUCCACCAUCCCUUGUAUUCAAUUUUUCUCAGUUGAAUGAUAAGCUGAAGGCUGGGUACAAGUCCACAACAGCUGGAAAAUUCACUGAUGCUCUUCGGCUCUUCCUCAGCAUUCUUCAUACGGUUCCAUUGAUUGUUGUGGAGUCAGGGAGGGAAGUUGAUGAAGUCAAGGAGUUAAUUAUUAUUGCCAAGGAGUAUGUACUUGGUCUGCAGAUGGAGCUGAAGCGAAGAGAGAUGAAAGACAAUCCAGUACGCCAGCAGGAGCUUGCUGCCUACUUCACCCACUGCAACCUUCAACUGCCUCACCUCAGACUUGCUCUGCUGAAUGCAAUGACCAUCUGCUAUAAGGCUAAGAACCUUGCUACAGCAGGUAACUUUGCCCGGCGACUACUAGAAACAAACCCCACAAAUGAGAAUCAAGCAAAGACAGCAAGACAAGUGCUCCAAGCCGCAGAGAGGAAGAUGACAGAUGCCUCUCAGCUGAACUAUGACUUCAGAAACCCAUUCGUGACUUGUGGGGCAACUUAUGUGCCAAUUUACCGAGGACAGAAGGAUGUAUCCUGCCCAUAUUGCACUGCUCGCUUCGUCCCUAGCCAGGAUGGGCAAUUGUGUGCUGUAUGUGAUAUCGCUGUUGUCGGGGCAGAUGCAUCAGGACUGCUCUGUUCUCCUUCACAAAUUCGCAAUCAAAUUCGAUGAUUGCGCUACUUUUGUCUGAGUCUUGUUUCAGGCUUCCUCUACCUCACUCGCUGUCCCAACAAAACCAGGCAUGUCGAUUGAUUCUUCUCUGCAGGUAAAAGGUAAGAAGCGUGAAGAAAAUUUGAUAUGGGUUCAAAUUCUUUGCACCAUCAAUUUUUAUUUUUAUUUUUUUGUUUUGGUUUUGAAAUUAAGAUAUAAUAAUAAUAAUAAUAAUAAUAAUAAUAAUAAUAAUAAAAAACAGGGAAUUUUGAUUUAGGCUAUUCUUGUUAAUCUUUGAUGGGCAAGAAUAGUGAGAGAGGGCCCUUGUUAAAACAGACAAUGGUUGAUAGGCGAGACUUUUCAUUUCAAUGUAAUUCGCUUUACAUUUCCUCUGAUUCCUUUUUGGGUUCCCAUUGAUUUGAGUAUUUCUCUGCACAUAAAGAGUAGGCCAUGAAUAAUAUGAUGGAUCAGCAAUGGUUUGAUUGGUUGCUUUUAA